AUGACAAUUAGAACAGCUCGUCCUGACCGGGGGCAACAUUUCCGGCCCCGUAUGCACUGCCUCAAAAAGCUGGAGGCCAUUGUGGUGGAGAUGCAGGACCUGAAAACCGGAGUGAAAGGCUCGGAGCAGAAACUCAACGUCACUACCAUCCCACAUGUCAUCGCUGGUAAGGAUAUAAUUGCAUGGAUUGCCAACAAGAUGAAUACAUCAUCAGAAGAGGCUCAUGUCUUUGGCACUAUGUUAGUGGCGUAUGGCUACAUCUACCCCCUGCAGAACCACAAGAAGCUGGUCAUGUGCAACGACACCAGUCUUUACCGUUUCCAGACCCCAUACUUCUGGCCUACACAGAAAUGGGCUACAGAAGACUCUGACUAUGCCAUUUACCUGGCAAAGAGGAACAUCCGCAAGAAAGGCAUGCUAGAAACCUAUGAGCAGGCACAUUACAACUACCUCCAUCAUUGGCUGAACCACAAGUGGGACUUUAUUGUGAUGCAGGCCACUGAACAGUACAAGGCUGGUAAGGAGAGGAAGAAGCCGGAUCGUGUGGUGUUCGACUGCCAGGAGAGGGCUUACUGGAUUUUGAACAGGCCUCCGCGCCGCACUCACAGUGCCAUGGACUGCGGUCCAGAUCGUCUUGUUGAUCCCAAUGCAGAUGAGAAAAUCAGCUUUGACCAGUACAGACGUGUGAACAUGUUCUAUCAACAAGCCAUCAUGAGGUCAAAGGUCAAAUCUAGUGUGUCCCUUGGAGCACUGGUCAAGUACAUCACAACCUACAAAAACCACGACCCGUUUUUGGCUCCAUGUCUACCCAGUAACCCCUGGCAAACAGACGAUGACUCAUAUUGGACUCUCAACAUGAGAAGAGUUGACAUCCCCACUAAGAUGCGAGUAGAGCGCUGGUCCUUCAGCUUGUUCGAGCUGCUGACCGACUUGCGAGGCCGAGACGACUUCAAGAUUUUCCUCAAGAAGGAGUUCAGCGGGGAGAACUUGGCCUUUUGGGAAGCGGCUGAAGAACUGAAGUGGGGCACUGCAUCUUCUAUGUCAACAAAAGCUGAAACCAUCUUCAAGACCUUCCUGGCCCCUGGUGCCCCCCGUUGGAUCAACAUUGAUGGCAGGACAAUGGGUCUGACAGUGAAAGGACUGGAGCAUCCACACCGCUAUGUGCUGGAAGCAGCUCAGACACAUGUCUUCAUGCUCAUGAAAAAGGAUACUUUCUUCCGUUACCUCAAGUCACCAGUGUACAAAGACAUCCAGAAGAAGGCACUGAACCCUGAGUCUCAUAAUUUCAGUCCAGCCCAGCUGGAGCAAAAUGCUCAGACCCGAAGCCGAGGCAUCCAUCCAAUCGUCCUCUGGCAGCAGGAGGAGGAAGAAAAUGCUAAGGCUGCUGCUGCCUCCGCUCCCGUCGAUGUCAAGGCCAUGAUGAGCAAAAUAGACAGGAAGAAGUAGAGAUAUACAGUGGAGGUGUGCAUGUCUGCAGGGUUUUACAUGUCAUGUGACACACAAAGUAUCAACACAGGUACCAGCUGCUCUUCAGAGCUAUCCCAGGCAUUGUUGCUCCAUUCUAGAAAAUUAUAAAAUGUGAGAAAUUGAGUUUUCAUGGAUACAUAUUUGAAUGAAAAGCAUCUCCAGAAUUAGGUUGUAAAUACCAGGGGUGACAAAUAACAUGCCACAGAGGCUGUAUAUGCUGUUGUCAACAAGACAUAUUUUAGCUUGAUUUUUACUAAACUGUCUGUACCCUGCAGCAAAUUAUUAUACCCAGUCAUAAUCAAAAUGUACAACAAAAUCAGAACAUUGGAGUUAAAGACAACUAAUUUCUAUAUGGAUAUACAGUAAAUCUGGUUACAUGCCAGAGUUUAAUAAAUGAGAUCAAGUUAAAGCAGACUUCAGAUCCUUUUGUGUGUGCGUGUAUGUGUGUUAAAUAUGGACACCAAAACCGUUGAAGGAUCAAUACCAGUGACUUUAAACCCAUUUUCUGCAGUGUAUAAUAUAAAUUACUGCUGACCAUUUUCCACAGCAAUGUGUUUGGAUUUUUGUAUGGAUUUUGUACAUUCCAAGGCAACAAAUGAUAAUGUAACUGGAAACCACUUACUGCCCCCAUUAUUC